AUGGCACUUUUAACACCGACAACUCCCUCUUCGGCAUUGACCGGUGGUACGGUCGAUCUGUGCGCGGCAAGUUUAAAACCGUUCGAUCUGAAACAUGGCUUUUGCCUUACGGACGAUACCGCUAUGGACGUGUGCUACAGUGCCAUCAGCUGUGGCAUGAAUGAUGGGAAGUCCGGUUCGUACGGUGCUGACUGUGGCCGGAACGGGCUGCACCAAAGCUACACGCCAAUUUCCGCUCCACCGGUGCCGGGAUUUGCGGGAUACAGCACCGAACAUGAUUUUCCUUCCGAAGCGGUACAGUUUCAUCAACUACCGCAGGCGGACACGUUCAAACAACUGGGUGGCUUCUAUACAACUCCCGCCAAAGGGGACGAUCUGUUCUUCAAGUUUGACCCGGAGUACAUCGAGAAGCUGCAGUCGUCGUCGUCGAGUAUAUUGCUCUCGCCAGCUGCAACGAUUGCUAGCACACCGCUGACGUGCCAAAGUUUGCUAAGCUGCGCCAGCAGUUGCACCACAACGACGGAUUAUUACAACUACAACGAGACAAACUGCCAGUCCAAGAAUCAGUCGCCCUGUUCCUCGCCGUUUGCUGCCGGUGAUUCGUGGAUCGAUAACGGAUUCACGCUGAACCUGAUGAAUCUGAACGGAGCCGGUAGUUGCUCCCCAAAGCGAUCCAACGGAGAGCUGAUGGCGAUGGGUAGUAGUGAUGCGACGUCACCAACAAAGUCGGAAUCCACCGUACUGCCCUCCAUUCGGAGUGCCUUCAGUGGAACGAUCAGUGGACAGUUUGAGUGCAUCAAUUCGACCUCCAAACCCGAUCCGUCGUCUGGCGUGGAACCAUCGAUGAGCUACAUUAUGGAUUUCUUGGACAGUUCCUUUUUGGAACAGUACAGCAACGGCAACACUGUCGAAACAUGCCCGGACGCGGCACUCGCAGCACAGGAUUCGUACAGCUACUCGGCGGACAACUACUACAAACCGAUCCAGGGUUUGGAGAAACCGAAUCGAGAGUUUAAGGACAUUUGGAGAAAUGCUGCCAGCGUUACCGCAACCUCCCCAAGGGUUGCAAAAGCGGAACCACUGGAUAUGGUUGAAGAACCGCUCGAAAUGGAAGAAUCCUUCCCGUUGGCGUCAGCGCCCCGUUCGUGCCUCUGGAGUGGUUGCAACAUGGAGCUAGCGGACCAGCAGCAGCUAGUGGCCCACAUCGAGAAGCAGCACGUGGAACCGAAGCGGGGCGAAGUGUUUGGAUGCCAGUGGUUGGACUGUCCACGGCAGCACCGACCGUUCAAUGCGCGCUACAAGCUGCUGAUCCACAUGCGUGUCCACAGCGGUGAAAAGCCCAACAAAUGUCCGUUCCCCAGUUGCAAGAAGGCUUUCUCUCGGUUGGAAAAUCUGAAAAUCCAUCAACGAUCGCACACGGGCGAGCGACCGUACAACUGCCAGUUCCAAGGCUGCACCAAGGCGUUCAGCAACAGUUCGGAUCGUGCCAAGCAUCAGCGCACGCAUUACGAUACGAAACCGUACGCCUGUCAACUGCCCGGGUGUAACAAACGCUACACCGAUCCGUCCAGUUUGCGCAAGCACGUCAAGAAUCAUGGAACGCGCCCAACGGACGUACCGAUGCGGAGGAAACCGACACAGCACGACAUUCCUGCCUCAAGAAGAUACUCCGAACCGGCCCUAUCAACAAUGGACGCGUUUAACCUGGACCCGUACACAAACGCAUCGAACGAUUUAAUACUGGACGAUGUGUUUGCGGACAAACCUUCCAAUCUGGUGCAGGAUUUGGGUGGGACCAAUGGGAGCGAGCGCCGUACCACCAUGGAUGACUUUAACGAUAUGUCCAGCUGUCUCAUGAAAAUUCUUCAACUACCGUCUGCCAACACCGACACGGGCACGGCAGAGCUUGAGAGCAAUCGAUAUCUAAUGGAAAAUCUGGGACUUUCCUUUGAAAGUGAUGCAAACUAUUCGAACGAUGAAAGUGCCGUGCUGGGAGUUUCUACCUGCCGACUGGCAAACGACACCGAUGGUAGUGACGAAAAGACACUUUCCGCGUUUGGUACUGAGUUUGACUAUUUCGAUGCAAUUGUCUGA